GUUGGCUGGGGGAGGGGGGGCUGGGGAAGGGAAGGUUGUGCUAGACGGGGUAGACCGAGGUUACACAAGUGAGGUAGAGAGUGUGUGUGUGUGCGCCUGUGUGUAUGUUGGGGGGCUGUUUGUAAUCAGGGGCAGGAAGACUUGAAGGGGGUUUCCCUCCUCCUGGGCAUCAGGUAGAAGAAUUGAUUCCAGCCAUUCCCAGAGGUUUCGGCUCUGGCCAGCGUCCUUUUCUAAGGGUUUUAAAAUCUAAUUAGGAGCUGGAGUAGCAAUCCUGUUGAAGAAGGGACCCAUAAGAGUAUCUUAGUGAGAAUCCUGGCUGGGAAUUGAACGCGAAAAUGAAGCCAGACCGAGAUACACUAGAUGAAUACUUUGAAUAUGAUGCAGAGGAAUUCUUGGUCUCCCUGGCCUUGUUAAUUACUGAAGGCCGAACACCUGAAUGUUCUGUAAAAGGUCGAACUGAAAGCUUUCAUUGUCCUCCAGCACGGUCAAGUUAUCCAGUAACAGCAAAACAUGAAUGCAGUGAUAAAUUGGCCCAGUGUCGUCAAGCCAGAAGAACUAGGUCUGAGGUUAUGUUGCUUUGGAAAAACAAUCUUCCAGUCAUGGUAGAAGUGAUGCUACUUCCAGACUGCUGCUAUAGUGAUGAUGGGCCUAACACAGAGGGAAAUGAUUUAAAUGAUCCUGCAAUUAAACAAGAUGCAUUAUUAUUAGAAAGAUGGAUCUUGGAACCAGUUCCUCGACAAAAUGGAGAUCGAUUUAUUGAAGAGAAGACCCUUCUAUUGGCUGUGCGUUCUUUUGUCUAUUUUUCUCAGUUAAGUGCUUGGCUGAGUGUUUCCCAUGGUGCUAUUCCACGAAAUAUUCUUUACAGAAUCAGUGCUGCUGAUGUUGACCUACAGUGGAAUUUUUCCCAGACUCCCACUGAGCAUGUAUUUCCUGUUCCCAAUGUUUCUCACAAUGUGGCCUUGAAAGUCAGUGUUCAGUCCUUGCCUAGACAAUCUAGUUAUCCAGUCUUGACCUGUAGUAUUCAUACUAACAUUGAUUUUUAUGAAAAAAGAAUUCAAGAACACGAACUGAAAACUCAUCAACGUUGUAAUUCCAAGGAUGUAGAGCAGUGUAAUAUGCGCACUUCACAUCUGUGUAGCAAGCAAACUUGGACUGUAGUACCUGAAGGUUUGUUACGUGCAAAAAAAUCUAUAGCUCCUGAAUUUAAUUCAACUGUCAAAAAUUUCAAACUCUAUCCAGGUGUUGUUCAUGAUUCUGACCAUGGGACAUCUCGAUCAAAUGUGCAGUGCUUUAAUGCUACAGGAGAUGCAAAAUCAUUUGAGACAUCCAUGAGAACUUUAAAAUCAUUAUCCUGGGGUGAUCCCAAUGUUUCUAGUAGCCAUAGUUCUUGGCAGCCUACAGGAGAAACCAAUCCUUUAAUUGGCUCUUUAAUUCAGGAUCGACAAGAAGUUAUUGCAAGGAUUGCUCAGCAUUUAAUUGAUUGUGAUCCAACCACUUCACGUGUUUCUGGGCGUUCAUUCAACAUUCAAGAUUCCAGUUCAUUUAACUCAAAAAUAUUUCGGAGGUCAUAUGAAAAUGACAAUUUAUUGAAGAAAAAUAAGGAAAACAGCUCCUUUGUUAGCCCAGAAUAUGCAUCCUCAGAAAACACUGGUGAGGGGAAAACAAGGUUAAGACCAGAAAACUCUCAUCGUGAUUCUUAUGUUUCCAGUAAUACUUAUUCUCGCCAAUCUAGUGGUGAGACUAAUCCUUUGAUAGGCUCUCUACUUCAAGAACGACAAGAAGUUAUUGCAAGGAUUGCCCAGCACUUGAUUCAUUGUGACCCAUCUGCAUCACAUAUCCCCAGACAUUCAUUCAACAUGAAUGACUCCAAUUCUGUUCAUUCAAAAGUUUUUCGGAGUUCAUAUGAAGACAAAACCUUGUUGAAGAAAAGCAAGGAAAACUCCAUUUCCUUGAAUAAAGAUUUAUCCUUGUCAGGAGACAAUAGUGAAGGCAAAAAUAUAAUAAUUACUGAUAAGUCUUUUAGUUCUUUUAAAUGCAAUGAAUUAAAGACACCUUUGAAAACUCAAAUCAGAAGAAAUACACACCAGGAAGAUCUUAGUGAAACUGUCCAAAACACAUUUCAACAAACACAAAAUAAAGCUACAAACUUAUUGUCUUGCUUAAAUACAUCUUACAGCAAAGAAAUUAAAUUAGAAUCACCAGGCAGGUUGGAAAACGCAUUUUCCAGAUGUCAAUUUAAAGAUCAAGAAAUUAGUAAUGGAAUUGAUAAACAAUAUUCAAAUUCUAGCAGUGUUGAUGAACAGAUAUGCAAAAAUAAACAUAAGGAAAGAACAGUACAAAGUGAGGCUAGCAAUCCAGAUUCUUUUCACAUCCACCAAUUAGAUAACUCAAAGGCACUUGACGGUCCAGUGCCUGUGUCCAGUCAUCUGCAUAAACCUGAGCUCACGUGCUCAAACAAAGACCCCCAAAUCUCCAAGGCAUGUGAACAAAAUACUCAUCUUGUUAGCAUAGAAAACUAUCCAAAAAAGGACACUGAGAGUUUCAAAUGUAAAAGUAAGCCAGACCAACUCAAAGCAGAACAGGAUGAGAACGAGGACCCAGUUGAUGAAGAAUCUCAAAACUGUUCUCAGAGAAAAAUUAAAGAAGACUGUUCCUCUAGGUGUGAACGACUGAAAAAUACAGAGGUGCUGAGAAGUAUAUCAGUGAAGCAUUCAAGUGUUUGGAGAAAACACAAUUUUCAUUCAUUAGAUGGAACCUCAACCAAAGCCUUCCAUCCUCAAACUGGAUUGCCUCUUCUUUCAAGUCCUGUUCCUCAAAGGAAAACACAAUCAGGCUGCUUUGAUCUGGACACUUCCUUACUACAUUUGAAAAAUUUGUCAUCCAGAAGUCCACAGCAGUGUUUAAGUAUUGAAGAUGAUCCAGAUAUCCAUGGAAAACCAUUUCUGAGUUCUAGUGCUCCACCCAUAACAAGUCUUAGUCUUCUAGGAAAUUUCGAGGAAUCUGUCUUGAACUAUCGUUUAGAUCCUCUAGGCACUGUUGAUGGCUUUACAGCUGAGGUGGGGGCAAGUGGAGUUUUCUGCCCUACUCACAUGACACUUCCUGUUGAAGUGUCUUUCUACAGUGUUUCAGAUGAUAAUGCCCCUUCUCCUUAUAUGGGUGUGAUUACUUUAGAGUCCCUUGGUAAAAGGGGUUAUCGAGUACCUCCUUCAGGAACAAUACAAGUGACCUUAUUUAAUCCUAACAAGACUGUGGUGAAGAUGUUUGUUGUGAUAUAUGACUUACGAGAUAUGCCAGCCAAUCAUCAGACAUUCCUACGACAAAGAACUUUUUCUGUACCUGCAAAAAAAGAAAUGAAGAGAAGUGUUAAUAAAGAGAACAUUCAACAUACUGAAGAAAAGUUACUACGCUACCUCAUACAUCUGAGGUUCCAGAGCUCUAAAUCUGGAAAGAUCUACCUCCAUAGAGAUGUCCGGCUCCUGUUCUCUAGAAAGUCCAUGGAAGUGGAUAGCGGUGCUGCAUAUGAACUCAAAUCAUACACUGAAUCACCAACAAACCCUCAGUUUUCACCAAGAUGUUAAAAUGAGUAAAAAUUUAAAGUAUUUACUCAAUAGUCAAGUUUAAGAGCAAAAAAUGGCAUAGAACAGAGUGUACCAAAUUACAGUCAAGAGAGUGAAUCCUUUCCUAUGACCCUGGACCAUUAAGAUUUCUGGAAUGAGCUCCACAUAUUCCAAAUAGACUGGAAACACAGACCUAAGUCCUAAUCUGUUUUUUGUACUGUUUAAACCACUUCAUUGGACAUGUUGCAAUAGCAAAAUCCCCAGUUAGGUUAGUGUUUACACAUUUUAUUUCUCAGUUAUUUAAUAUUUAAUGUUUCCUUUAAUAUUAAAGUGAUAUUUGUCUAGUGUUCUAAUGUAGCACAAAUCCUGUGUAAAAUCAUAAUAUGUAUUUUUGACAUUAAUGUUGAAAUCUGAAAUAUAUGCACAAGUCUUUAAUUCUGUGUGAUGUGUUUUUAAGUGAUAUUCAUUUAAGUUAUUGAAAAUGAAAACAAACUUUUGGAUUUCCUUAUCAUCUAUGCAAGCAUGUGUACUUUAAUUUUUAAAUAUUUUACCAGUUUCUUUUUCAAACACCGUAUCCUAAGUGCUUCUCACCUACCAGUCUUGAAACAGUAUUGCAGUCUAAGCAGGAUAUGCUGCUUUAAUGACUCUUUGCAUAAUUCACAUCAUUACGCCAUUUCUUAUAUAGCUUCUCUGAUUCCUUUCAUUUUAGGAACUCAUGCCAAGAACAGUUCGAUUUCUCCUUUAAUCACCACUGUAGAGUUUUUACAUUAAGUUGCUGUCCCAUGCUUGAUAACUUUCUCAAAUUGUAAGAGUAUGUACUUUGAAAACAAAUUAGUAUUUAUAUCAUAAAUAUA